AUGAACGCCGGACAGCACACACGGCGCGCCGCCGCGAGAGCAGGCCAGUCCGCAUGCCGCACAUGUCGCAACCCACGGCGACCCUACGCAACCGCCGCCGCCGCCGCCGCCGCGCCGACGCCUGAGGACACCCUCGCCCAGCACAUCCCGCCCGCAGCCCAGUCCGCGCCGGCAAGCAGCUACGCCGUCAACGCAGGCGUGCUGCUCUCGCGCCCGCCGCAGAUCACGCGCGACCUGCACCCGUUCGAGGCGGCCUUCUUCCUGUACCAGAAGCGACUCAACGAGCGGCUUGCGCUGCCGUUCACGCGGUACUUUUACGUCAAGCCGCGCACGCCCGCAGACCGCGAGUGGAAGCGCAAGAUGGCGGCGCGCCUGACGCCCGCGCGCGACAUUGGGCGCUACAAGGGCUACGGCGACGACGCGUGGAACGACGAGGUGCUCGUCGGCGCGCGGGAGAGCGAGCUGCAGUGGCAGGUGGACCGGCUGCUGGAAGACGCGCAGACGACGGGCGCCGAGGGGGACGCCAACGCGGCGGCAGCGGCGGCGGCGGCAGCGGCGAAGCCAGAGGUCGACGCCUUCGAGCGCCCGCCGAGCCGCGUGACCGAGGCCGACGAGAAGAACGACACGAAGAGCCUGGCGCGCGCGCUGCAGCGGACGCUGUACCUGCUGGUCAAAAACAAGGAAGGGCGGUGGGAGUUCCCGCAGGACCGGCUGGGGGACGAGAACCUGCACGGCGCCGCACAGCGCAUCCUCAACACGUCGGCGGGCGCCAACAUGAACACCUGGCUCGUGGGCCACGUGCCCGUCGGGCACUACACGUCGACGUACAGCGCGCCCCUAUCGCGCGCGGGGCUGCACGAGCAGGGCAGCAAGACCUUCUUCCUCAAGGCGCGCAUCAUGGCCGGCCAGGCGAGUCUGGCCGACAGCAAGUUGGGCCUGCGGGACUUCCAGUGGCUGCACAAGGAGGAGCUGCAGCGCGCCGUCGAGCCCGACUACUGGCGGCAGGUCAAGAACAUGAUUGCUGAGCGGUGA